CUUUAAAUUUGAUAUCAAUUAGAAUGGAUAAGGACGAUUUGCCCGACUUUACACAGCUAAUCAGCUGCAAGGACUUACCGAACAUAACUCUGCAAAAUAUCCAUCCCAUUCACAGUAUGAAGGUUUUCAUGUCCGAGCCUAAAAACGCCGAUGCCUCUAUUCCUGAAUUAAUCAAACGUCAGGAAGUGUCUGGAGAGCAAUAUCGCAAGGUACUUAAAGUCAUAAAGGAAAGACUUGUUCUGAAAAUGGCAACGAUGCAAGAGCUUAAGAAGUAUCUGCUGGAUUUGCAUUCGGAGAUCAGAAAGCCCGGUGCAGGGACUCGUUUUGUGACCAACCAGGAGAAAGUUAAAUUGCAUUUCCUAGACGAGACGGAAAUCAGAGAAGUCGAAUUGUCUGACGCCGUGGAACGUUGCAACAUAAAGCUGAGCUCGCUUUAUUGCGAAAUCCUGGCUUUGGACAGCGACAUGGGCAGUGUCGCCUAUUUGGAGAGGGUCGCCCAGAUCAACAUAGACUUUAUCUUGGAUUGGCAUAAGACUCAGAAGCAGAAAAAAACAGGCAAAGUCCAUUCCGCCGGCGAAGUCUUCAAAAACACCGUUUAAUUUGGACUGUUUCAAACCUAACAUGUUUCACUCAUUUGCACUGAUUAUCACACUAUUCUGAAGAAUAAAUAUAUAUC